AUGUCUCCCUUGCCGGCGUUCCAUGGCCAGCGGGCGCACCACCUGCACGGCGGCGGCGGCGGCGGCCAGUCGGAGGCUGCUCGCGCCGUGGCGAGUCUGCCGCCGCCCGCCGCCGCCGGGGAGCCUCGCCAGAGCCACCGCCGCGUUCAAGAUGAAGAAGGCGACGUCGACGAUGCUGACGGGCGGGGGCUGUCGCGUCGGGCCGCGGGGGCAGGCGGCCUGUUCACGAGCGCCAACACUACGGGCGGGAGAGUGACAGCGGCAGCAACAGCAUCAGCAGCAUCAGCAACGCGCGUGCAUGGCCACUCGGGCCCCGACAACAACGACGACGACGACGAAGGCGGCGCCUCCCCGCCGCCUCCGCCUACUGCUUCCGGCCGCCGCGCGGGGAAGCGGCCCGCGGCACGGGGCACUGCUUUUUACCCCAGGAAGCGGGCCAACACUGCCUGCCAGGUGUGCCGCGCCAGAAAGACAAAGUGCGACAACAAGCGUCCCAGCUGCACGUACUGCGAGAGCGUCGGGGCGACGUGCAUCCAGUCGCCCGUCGACCUGUCGAGCUUCGACCCGGCCAGCCUCAAGAUCCUGGACCGCCUCGAUGACCUAGAGCGCCUGCUGCGGAGCGCCACCGUGCCGCCACCGCCACCGCCGCCUCCGUCGGUGGGGGAUGCCGGGUCGGGCGGUCGGGCGGCCGCCGCCGGAGCACCGGACCCGGACCCGGACCCGGACUCAGCCACUCCGGCACCCGGCCCCACCACGGCGUCGGCGAUGCCGCUGCCGCUUCCCAUGGCGCGCAACGCGUCCGAGGGCUACGUAUUUGCGCAGCUGCCGCAGAUGCAAACCAUGCCGUUUGGCGCAGCGUACGACGACGACGACGGCGGCGGCCACGACGACGAUCAGAGGCUGAGCGCUCGCGGCUCCUCAGGAACUGGCCACCUCGCGCGUGUGAAUGAUGCCCGUCACGGCCCUCGCGUCAACAGCGUCCUCCCGCAGCGCAUCGACCACAUCCUCCAAUGGCCCGUCUUCCGGAAUAGCAGCAACCACGUCUUCCUGACGCCUCCGCCGCCUACCUCUGCGGCCUGUGAUACCGUCUCUUCCCCCGCCACCGCCGCCACCACCACCAUCUCCGCCCUCGUCGACAUGGAGUCGCAUCGCAUCUACCGCCUCCUCGACAACUUCUUCCUCUACAUCCACUGCAAGAACCCCAUCCUCGACGAGCCUUCGGCGCGGCGCAUGGUCGUCCGCGCCUUCCUCGACGGCAUCGACUGGUCGGCCGCGUCGUGUCUCGCGCUCCUCAUCUGCGCGCUGGGCUCCGUGGCCACGCCGUUUGGGCCCAGCCCCGAGACGCGCAUCGGGACGCAGGCGUACGCCGACGCGCAGGCCUUCUUCCUGGCGGCGCAGAAGCGCAUCGGCGUGCUGCUCGUCAAGGACGACAUCAUCGGCGCGCAGUGCCUGUUCCUCUCGGGCGUGUACAUGAUGAUGGUCGAGUUCAAGCCCGUCCACGCGUGGCGCUUCUUCAACCAGGCCCUCGCCGCGUGCCAGCAUCUCCCCUUUCUGUCUCGGGCGCAGACCCUGGCCGCCGGCGCGUCGCCCGACAGCAUGGAGAUGGGCGUCGAGGACACGCAGGAGCAGGCCGUGUACUGGUCCGCCUGGAAGUCGGAGCGCGAGUUGCGCGGCGAGCUCUCCCUCCCGGACUUUGACAUCAGGCACUCGGGCAGCACGCUCUACCCGCCCUUCUUCCCCGCGCCGCCGGUGCCGCCGGCCGAGUCCCCCGACGGGCCCAGCUCGGAGACGCAGCGGUCGCGCGCCGCCUGGCUCUUCUACCUCGCCGAGAUAUCCCUCCGCCGGCUGACGAGCCGCCUGUGCAGCGAGGUGCUCACCCUGCGCCAGCGGUACGCCUCCUCCGACUCGGCGUUUCUCGACGUCCUCGCCGACAUGACGCCCGAGUACGAGGCCCAGGCCCGCGAGUGGUCCGACAGCCUCCCUGCGGAGCUGUCCAUCCACACGCCCAUCGACGAGGACGGCAUCGAGCGCUCCGUGCUGCGCGGGCGGCUCAUCAACCUCUUUGAGAUGGUGUACUGGCCCUUUGUCAUGGCGAGCCUCGACAACAGCAGCGCAUUACCACCUGGCAACAGCAGCAGUAAUAGUAGUAGUAACAGUAGCAACAACAGCGGCAGCAGCAGCAACAGCGCCACAGGGCCUCCGCCUUUGCGGCCGCAGCUGCAGGAGCUCGCGCGCCGCGGGCUCGACACACACGUGCACCAGCUGCGCGCCAACGAGCCGGGCUUCUUCCACAGGCACCACGGCGGCUUCUUCAUGAUCCGCGCGUGCACCCGCAGCGCGCUGACGCUGGUGGCGGCGGCCAGGACGGGUUGCAAGACGAUGCCCGAGGGCUGGGAGGAGGCCGUCUACAAGGCCAUCGGGAUGCUGGCCUACUGGGAGGACGAGGACCCGCCGCUCGCGGGCUGGAAGAUGGUGCUGGAACGGGAGAUGGCCUCGAUACAGACCUGA